CCAGGAGGAGCCCGUUCGCCGCAGCCGGCCGCCUAGCGGGAGCGCCCGAGUGGCACGGAGGAGCCGGCCCGCCUUCUGCUCCGAGCGCGCCCAGGCGGCAGCAGCGGCAGCCUCGUGGGGACCGGCUCCGCCCGCCGCUCGCUUCCGUCCCUGCCUGGCUGGCCCCGCGGGCGGCAUGGCUGGCUGAGCGGUCGCCCGGCUGGGCUGGCUGGGGCGGCGGAGGGCGCGUUGGCUCAGCCGCAGCCCCCGGGCUGGGGUCCCGCGGCGCCCCCGGCCGCCGGGAUGAAGCCGCUGGAGAAAUUCCUGAAGAAGCAGGGCUCGCACCUGGUGGGCCGGGCGGCGGCGGCGUCGGGGGGCGUCGGGGGUCUUCCGCAGCAGCAGCAGCCUCUGAGCCGUCGGCCGAGCGUGUCGCCGAUGGUGCUGCCGGGCUUCCCGUGCAAGGACGAGGCGCCGGGCGAGGCGGGGCCGGAGGGCGACGGGCGCUGGUUGGAGCUGCGGCCCCCCGAGGGCGCCCUGCGCUCGCCCACCUCCUUCUCGUCCGAGGAGCUGUCUCCGGCCGGGGUCGGGGUCGUCGGGGGCGAGGUCCAGCUCAGCCCGGAGGCCGGGCCCCCCUGCUGCUGCGGCUGCGGCUGCUGGGCCGAGCCCGAGAGCCCCGAGCGCCUGCUGGAGCGCCUGCUGGACACUCUGGCCCGGGACCCCCCCGCGCCCCACGGGCACGGCUGCGGCGCAGACCUGCUUCUUGAUGACAUUGUCCUCACCCACUCGCUGUUCCUGCCCACGGAGCUGUUCCUGCACCAACUACAUCAGCACUUCAUAACGGCGUCGACAAUCCCUGCACCCCCCUGUUGGAAGGACGGUGAGGCCAUGCAUCGAAAAAGAGCUGUUUUGGUUAGCUUGCUGCAUUUUCUUGAGACUUACAAAGGGAUCUUGCAGGAAGAGGAGAAAGCAGGCAAAGUAAUUAAGGAUCUGUAUUUGCUGAUCAUGAAAGACUCGUCUCUCUACCACAAACUGGAAGAUGAAAUUCUGAAGUUACAUCAACUUGUGGAGACGGUGGAACUCAAGGUGACUGAUGAAAGCCAUCCCCCCAGCAAACAAGUCAAGCCCCUUUUCCGGCACUUCCGGCGCAUAGAUUCUUGCCUUCAGACACGGGUUGCUUUCCGCGGGUCGGACGAGAUCUUCUGCCGCGUCUACAUGCCCGACCACUCCUACGUCACCAUCCGCAGCCGCCUGUCUGCCUCUGUGCAGGACAUCCUUGUGUCUGUGACAGAAAAGCUCCAGUACUCUGACGAGCAGCCCACGCGGGAGGAGGCCCUGAUCCUGGUGGCGGUGGCAUCAUCAGGAGAGAAAUCUGUGUUGCAGCCUAAUGAAGAGUGUGUUUUCACCACCCUGGGGAUAAACAGCCAUCUCUUUGCCUGCACCAAGGAUACUUUUCCAUCACUGGUCCCCCUCCCCGAUGAAAUCCAGGUGUCGCCGGGUGACACAGAGAUCCACCGGGUUGAAGCUGAGGACGUGGCAAAUCACCUCACAUCCUUCCACUGGGAAUUGUUCCGCUGCGUCCAUGAGUUGGAAUUUGUGGACUACGUCUUCCAUGGGGAACGCGGCCGGCGGGAGACAGCUAACCUGCAGUUGCUGCUGCAGCGUUGCAGUGAAGUUCAGCACUGGGUGGCCACAGAAGUGUUGCUUUGUGAGUCGCUGGGGAAGCGGGCCCACCUGCUAAAGAAAUUCAUCAAGAUCGCUGCUGUGUGCAAACAAAAUCAAGACAUGUUGACGUUCUAUGCUGUGGUAAUAGGACUGAAUAAUGCACCUGUCAGCCGAUUGCGUCUCACCUGGGAGAAGCUUCCUGGCAAAUUUAAGAACCUGUUCCGGAAAUUUGAGAAUCUUACGGACCCUUGCCGGAAUCAUAAGAGCUACAGAGAAGUCCUCUCUAGGAUGAAGCCCCCUGUCAUCCCUUUUGUGCCCCUCAUCCUAAAAGACCUGACCUUUUUGCAUGAAGCCAGCAAAACCUUGGUGGAUGGACUGGUCAAUAUAGAGAAGCUGCACUCAGUGGCAGAGAAAGUUCGGACAAUCAGGAAAUGCCGGAGUAGGCCUCUCUGCCUGGAAAUGGAGUCGUCACCCCAACAACUGCAGACAAAGGCUUACGUCCGGCAGUUCCAAGUCAUCGACAAUCAGAACCUGCUCUUUGAGCUCUCUCACAAGCUGGAGUCGAACAGUCAGUGAGGCUGACUGUCUGGCUGAGUCCCAGCAAAGAAUGUUUACUCUGCAGGAUACAAGCACUUUUGGGAAUGGACAGGGGUUUUGCCCCUUGGCCUUUGCCGUGCUCCAAGGGCAACAGCAUGCUGUUUGCAAGUGGCAGGGAUAUGACAGACCUUGGGCAGAGAUGGCCUUUGGAUGCCUGGGGUGGAAAAUCCACCUACCUCGCUUUCUUAGAAAUUUACGGGAGACACCAUCUGCUGGGAAGUUUUCUUGCCAGUGGACCUGAGUGGUUUUUUCCCCUGCCCUUUAUUGUACCCCAGAUUUUACUUGAUGGCAGAACCCACCCUAUCUCCUGCAAAAACCAUUGUUUGUGUUUUUGGGUGCUCUGCAAAGUAGUUCAUACCAGUGGCAGUGUACACAGGAGAACUUCCCAAUGGAUUAUGCCCCAUCGGUUGGCUCAGUUUGUUUCCAAUAUUUCUGCCUCUAACAGCACUCAGAAUCCACAACCUGCAGCUGCUUCAAAUUGUGUUGUGGUAGAACCACCUCUGACAGUUCUUUAGAGGGUGCUUUAGAACUUAAUUUUUUAAAAACAAUGUUUUCAGGAGGAGGUCAGGCAGAAGCUGGAUUUCUUGUCUUGUUUACAGGAAAGCUGGGCCAAAAGGUCAGUGUCCUAACUGGGCAGUUUCUCUCUCUACCAAGAGCAUAAAGGAACAAGUUCUUCGAAAACGACGAAGUUUUGAAUCAGAUAAAUAAGCUGCCAAAGUUGUGAAUCUAAUACAGUACAGUUGCCAGAGGCAGCAUGUACAGAAAUGUCAAGCAAUGUUAAUUUUCUAUCUUUUAAUCCUCAUUUCUAUAUUGUUGGUGUGUACUUAUAUUUCCACCUUGGAAAGGUUUGAUGUGGAAACCUUUUAUACUAUUAAAUAUUCCAAGGAGAUUCUUAGCAGAGUCGUCACAGUUUUCAGUUCUUGCAAGCUGUUUUUUAAAAGAAAUGUUACUUAAGGUAACUGAAGUGGUGAAAAUCUUUUUUGCCUUUUGCAGGGGGAGUAGUUAAAAUCUAGCUUUGGCUGGUUGUGGCAUGUGGGACAGGUUUCUAGAGUUUCCAUUUUGUGGGAUUUUAACUGCAGGGAUUUAUUUUAAAAAACAACAUUCUGUAUGUUUUAGCUCCUGUUACCCUUUGGUGAAUAUCUACUACAUAAUUUAAUUCAAAGUCCUUUCUGCCUCUCCAGGGAAUCAAAGUUCUUGAGUGAAAGUUAGGGAUCGCUCAGUUCCCAUUCCUCAGACACUUACCAAUCUUCAGUUCUACGUAAAAUGACAUGAGUUAUGUAAAAUGACAUGUAGAUUACACACUAGGUCUCUGGUUCUGGGUCUUGUCUGUAUUUAUUGUUCCUUAGAAGUGUCAAAUCACACUUUAAUUUUGAAUGAGGGGUCAAGAAGCCAAUCACACCAUCUUCUUUCGAGAUGUUAAUAAAAGUCACUCUUGAUCUUUUAGGUGUGUACUUUAGCAUCAGGGGAUAGAUGGAUUAGUAUUUUAGAUGAGAUGAUGGGGUCUCCCCUUCUCUCAAGUCUAGUAUCAUGAGGCUGUUCACAAGAACACUAAAAGUUUGUGUAUACUCAGAAGUAAUCUCCACAUUAUUCAAUGGGGCUUACUCCCUAGCCAAGGGCUAGGAUUGUACCCUAGGUACAUUUUUGAUCUUUUUGACCUUUCCCAAAUUGCCUUUAAAAGGGGUGGAAUUUCAAUCCAUGUGAAUGCCACAUGAAUUAAGCUGGAAUGGCUUACUAAAAUCGAGAUUUCUUUUAAAUAUUGAUCAGAGGAACAUAUGGGGAAGGGCAAUUGUGUGAACAGAAAGUCAAUUAGAAAUUUAUUUAGAGACUCUUAUUUAGAGACCCUGGUGUCAAAUAAUUUUCAGAUCACACCUAAUUCUUAAGAGCACUGACUUUUAUCCAAGUUAGUAUGAGUGACUGUGAGUGCAGAACCAGAGAUCACAUUCAUUCUGGAUUAAAAUAUCUGGAAUAAAAUGGCACAACUCUGGGGGAAACCCAUGCCCACCAAGGUUUUUAGUCAACCUUUGGGGAAGACAGUGCCAAAUAUACAUGCAAUUCACAAAAUUUGCAUGCAUACACACAUUCCUUCAAAUGUUCUGGAUUUUUGUAAUGCCUUCGUCUCUCAUCUACAUGCUUUCCUUUCUAGGGGCUUCUUCUCAAUUCAGAGUUAUGAAUCAAGAACAUUUCCUGCUUCUAUUACAGUGGAGAAAUCAGAAAUAUCACCUCAGAACUGUGACGAGAUUUAAGAGCUGAUAUUUCUCAGUCCCUUAGUAGAAGGAAAAAAAUCAGGGUUCAAUUUGAUUUGGAUUUCAGUGUCAAACCCAACAGAACCAGCUCCUGGAAUCUGCUUUCAGUGCCAUGGUUCAGUCCUGGAAAUGUGGAACAAUAAUUAUGCCUCUGAAACAUGUCCAGGGUGCAUUGUCCAUGCUACUGAGCAACCACAGCCCAUUUCCACAUAUUUCUGAUUGGGGGCGGCUCUCAGGUUAGAGGGGCGAGAUUUGAAUCUGGUGCUUCUCUUUUCUUUUUUUUUUUGGAAGAGAUCAACUCUCCCUGCCAUUUCCCCCCCAAAUAGCUUUAAUAUUCUGUCUUUUUUAUUUUUUGACAGAAUGGGGCACUGGAAAUAAUCCUCUGGAAUUUUUGAAAUUAUGAUGUGCUUUGUUGACUCCUCCCUUCUCUCUAUUAAGACUGUGUGUAUGUGGGAUGGGGAUGAGGUCACUUCUAGUGGCUGUAUGGUCAGGGACUUUUAAUUUCAGGGUCCCUUGUUUUUCUUCACUUUUUCUUAAUUCUUUUUUCUCUUCCUUUUUCUCUCUCUCUCUCCCGGCGAGAGCUUUAGGUCCUAAUGCAAGGAUAUGUAAAUAUAUACAUAUAUAUAUUUUUAAGAAGACACUCUUGAAUUGUACAUUUAUUUUUAAAAUAAGAGCCUUGUAUCAUAUUGGACCAUUGUACAGAGAAUUUUCUAUGGUAGGAAUGGGGGACUGCUUGCUCUAGCUGUAUAUCCAUGUAUGCUUCCGCAAGGUGGAAUGUAAGCUGUGUUGUGUUGUUCUGGGGAAAGCGCUAUUUAUUUUGGGUGUGGCUGUUUAUGUUGAUUUGUUAUUGUUAUUAUUAUUUUGCUACAGAAGCACUUGGGUGAGAAGCCAAAUGGUGGAAAUAAAAGAAAAAAUGGAAAACA